CUUCAGCACAACUUAGCGUUGCAUCUCCUAGGUUUCUGGUCCCUCCUUCGCUAGGGUUCACUCGCGGUGCCGGUGCCAGCCCCGGCCCGGACCUGGUUGCAUCUCUCGGGGGCGAGGAGGAGGAGAGGACGAGGAGGAGAGGACUGCUCCACCGACCGCAGCCACGGAAUUGCUGGACGUUCUCCAGAUAGGACGGCACUGACUGAAGAGCGAGUCUAACUUGGACCGCCGCGCCGUUACCCCCGGGCAGGAGGGGGGGAUUGCGUUGGGAUCGGACACUACCCGGAGCUCAGGAUGAAAUCGCAGCGUUGGAAUUUCACCCGCUGGCCAGCUCUGGACGCAAGGAGCGGUCAGCCGUGACCUGGCCGCCUUCAACCCCGGACUUUGCCCCCAAGAGUACUGGAAACACAACGUUGCUCAGGUCAGAGAUGAAUAAUUCUUAUGUGACUCUGACUGAAGUUCUGGAGACCAAGGGAAGCCCUGUUGAAGAUGAUGACAUCUGGGCUUUGUUACUGCAAGCCUCAGAGGUCCUGCAGGAGAAUUCUGUGGAAGGUGCUGCCUUCAGUUACAUCAUCUGCCCCUGGUCAGUGCUAUUGUCAGCAAGGGGUGAAUUAUCUUUCCGAAGCAAUGCCUCAGGGGGAGACAUCUACGCAUUUACUGCCCCAGAAAUACUCCAGGGGAGACGGUUGAGCUCACAGCUUGCAAUAGAAAAGAUGCACGUGUACUCGCUGGGGAUGACCUUGUACUGGGCAGCGGAUUACCAGCUUCCUGAAGCACAGCCCAUCCAACUCGGUGACCAGCUGAACGACCUCCUCCUGAGUAUGUGCGACGACAUGCCACUCCGGAGAGUAUCCUUGGACACCAUUGUACAAAUCUGCGAGGCACGUUGGCAGAGCUCAGGAGUGCUUCCGCCAAGCACGUACCUGAAGGAACUUGCUCAACUGGUGCUGGGAAGCACAGCGGAGGGGGACGAGGGAGAGCAGAGAGACAGCGCCGUGAUUCAGCACGAUCGGAGCGCGGUGAUACGGGAGAGGUUGCAUCGCAAAACGUUGCCUGAGAUGCCUGUCGUGACUCGCCGAACCGUCACCCACAAAGAGGAGGACAGAUUUCCUCAGAGGGCCGAGGCCGGCCUUGACUUGAGGUUGUCCAGUGGAUCCCUGAGUGAACAGAACUCCCUCCAUUCGGGGCCCAUCAUCAAGAGCUUCAGCCAAGACCACAUCCUUCAGAACUACGGUGCCAAAUCUUCCACUACUGCUCCAGACAUGAACGGAAGUGGCGCCAUUUCCAAACCCCUCAUGGGAGUUUCUUCUUACCUGUCCAAAUCUAAGGAGUUUCUCAACGGCAGAACGCAGCAGGCAGAUCUGGGAGACAAGGGGAUGCACAGUUCUUCCGAAGCUUGCAUCACUUCUGCAUUGGAUGCCUAUGCAAGAGCCAAGGAGAGGCAAGGAGGGUGGCAGAGAUCGGAGCAUGCAGGCCCAGUGGAGGGAAGCUGGCAUCGGCAGGAAGAGUGGAGAACGCAAAACAGGAAUUCGAUAGCAAGCCGUUACCGACACCUCACCGACAGGUCGUUGAGUACGUUAAGUACCAACUCCAGUGGCAUCCACUUGGAGAGUGAACGUGAUUACCUACUGAGUGGGGGCGCGUACAUCCCAGCUGCAUUCCUGAACGAGGCAACGAGCUUGCCGCAGAGAGCCGCUUCAGUGCCCUGCUUUUUGCACCAAAAGGGAAAGCAGCGAUAUUCUGGGCCAGAGUUUAUUCGGAUGGCUGGAGGCCCCACGAUGGCACUGGAUCUGCCCGGCCCCAUUGUGAGCAAGAAAGGGAAGGUGCAUCUGUCACAGCGAGAGCUCAGUGUCAUCAUACCAAACGGACAAUGUUUGCAAGUGAAAUGUGACGUGAAGUCAAGGGGCGGUGAUGUAUUUGACAUGGUCGUGGCGUACACCAACCUUGUGGAGCAUUUCUACUUCGGCCUUGCUUAUCUGAAAGGGAAGGAAUUUUUUUUUCUUGACCCUUUUACCAAGCUGCACAAGACAGCACCGCAUGGCUGGAAGGAUCCUCCCAAGAGAAAAACAGCCAUCGUCAACUUCACUUUAUUUCUAAGGAUCAAGUUCUUUGUUGAACACUUCAGUAUAAUUCAGCACAGUCUAACCAGACAUCAGUAUUACCUGCAGCUGAGGAAGGACAUCCUUGAAGAGCACUUGUACUGCAGUGAUGAGACAGCCCUGUUGCUGGGCGCAUUGGCACUGCAAGCAGAGUUUGGAGAGUAUGUUCCAGAGGUGCAUGGCAAGAACUAUUACCGAGUGGAGCACUACAUUCCUCCGAGUGUGCUGGAAAAGAUGGCUAUGACAUGCGUGAAAGAGGAACUGCCACGACUUCACGCCACCUACUUUGACCUGUCUGAAGAGGAGGCCGAGAUGGAGUAUUUGAAGGUCACCCAUCAGCUCCCAGAGUACGGCGUGCUCUUCCACCGAGUGUCUCGGGAGAAGAAGGUUGCCGGGGAGGACAUGGCGUUGGGAAUCUGUGCCAAAGGGAUCAUCGUUUACGAGGUGAAGAACAGCACGAGGAUCGCCAGUCUACGGUUUCAGUGGCGGGAAAUGCAACGGAUCACGUUCAAUAGAAAGAAGUUUACGGUUCAAAGCAGUUCGGACGGGAAGAAACAUGUCUUCCUCACGGAAAACAGCAAGACCUGCAAGUAUCUCAUCGAGCUGUGCUCAGCUCAGCACCGGUUCCAGGUACAGAUGAACUCCCGCCAGCUCAGCCAGGCUGCCUCUGCAAACGAGAGACGCGUUUUUCCGUCCGUGCUUUCGAACGAGGAGAAAUACUCCCAGCACCGAUACUUUGAGGAAAUGCGGAAUAUUUCCCGAUCAGAAACCAUCCUGAGCCGACCUAAUAUGGACACCAUCUCCAUUGGAGCACUGAGCAAAUCCUGUGACAAUCUGAUGGCAGGCGUGGAUGCUUCAGGAACCAGCCAAGUCUGGGGCACAAGGGGUGGUGUAUCCCAGUCUGAAAUUCUCCCUGCCUUGAAGGAAAGAAUGCGGUGUUUAGGUUUGCAGAGUGCGAUCUCAAGCCAGGGCGAUGAGGUUGAUCCAUUGAAGAGCAAAGUGGAUGACGAGCUGACAGUCCCUGAACGGGAGAUCGUUUUUGUAAAUCUGAAGAAAGAUCCCAAGUUUAGUUUUGGGUUUACCGUUGUGGGUGGAGAGAGAACUGGAAAAUUAGAUCUGGGGAUCUUUAUCACAGCUAUCGUUCCAGGAGGACCAGCAGAUAAGGACGGGCGUAUUAAAGAAGGAGGACGCCUGAUCUCAGUGAAUAACGAAAGCCUAGAGGGAGUCACUCUCCGAACUGCCGUGGAGGUUCUUCAGUAUUCCCCUGAUGAAGUGACACUGAUCAUAUCUCAACCAAAAGGUGCAUCUGAGUCAGCUCGUCAAGGUACAGCAACAUCACGGGGUAAGGUGAACAGACGAGAGGGCUCCCAGGAAUGCUGCCGUAGCAGCCUGUGUCCAACAGGCCAGAACCACAACACCCCUGAGACCAGCAGUCCAUCUACCCAGCUCCACAGGACACAGAUGACGGUUGGUGGUUGGGUAUCCUCCGUGGAUCGAGAGCUGAAACCAGGAGACAGAUACAGCGUGGAGCUGACUAAAACUGAGGGCAGCCUUGGGGUUAGUGUCACAGGAGGAGUGAACACCAGUGUCAAGCACGGUGGGAUCUACGUGAAGGGAAUCAUACCUGGAGGGGCCGCCGAUCUUGAUGGUCACGUCAGGAGAGGUGAUCGCUUGCAGGAGGUUGAUGGGUUCAGCUUGCAAGACAUCACACAUAAGCAAGCUAUUGAGCGUUUGAAGAACACUGGACAGGUGGUGCGGCUCGUUCUUGAGAGGGGACAUCAGACAGCAGCUGGAGGUCCAGGCAAUGGAAACCAACUGGAGCCCAUUCACGCCGACAGCUUAUACUGGAAACAAGAUGAAUAUCCUGACAACUCCAUGGCAACCACCUCUGCUACCACGUCCAAGGACUACAGCUUUGUGACAGAUGAUAACACAUUUGAGGUGAAGAUGAAGAAAAAUUCCGGAGGUUUGGGAUUCAGUUUCCUACAGUGUGCGUCAGCAGACGAUCCCAGAGGGGGCUUGGUGAGAAUAAAGAGACUGUUCCCGGGGCAGCCUGCAGAAGAGACGGGUCAGAUGGAGGUUGGGGAUGUCAUCCUGGCCGUCAAUGGAGCCGCAGUGAAGGGGCUGUCGUAUCAGGAGGUGCUCCAUCUCCUACGGGGAGCUCCCCCUGAAGUCACCAUGAGGAUGUGCAGAACGGCACCAGGAUUCCUGCCUGAAAUCGACCCCCAAAUCUUGACUCCCAUUGCGUCGCCCAUGAAAGAGUUGUCCGUGUUGAAGCCGCUCGAGCCGCAGUUGCCAGAGUUGCCAGCAGAGGGUGCUCCUCACCAGGGGGCAGAGGUUGGAGAAUGGCCAAAAGGUCUCGGCUGGUCCCGAGACUCGGGCCAUCACCAGCGGGGAUUGGACACGGUCGACGAGGCCUCUGAACGGGAACAGCAAUUCCAAGAGAUACCACUGGACGCCGCAAACCUGGAACUAGUCACCGCUCUGGCGGAAGACCUGAGGAAGAACUGCUACUCCGCCUGUGACUUACCUGUUGUCCAGGCACAGGCAGAGAGCUUCCGAUGCAGCGUGACUGGGGAACGAGAUUCCAGGUUGUCAGUCUACUUCUACAAGCCCGAAGUGCCGUCGCCCACGCCCGUGGAUGAAGAGUACCUGACCAUCAGCUCAACGUCCUCAAUGUGCGAAAGCCCAGACAGUCAAACACCCAACGGGCCCACCAUCAAACCUCGCAUCAAGGUGCCUUCCCCAGAGCCUUCGGGAGCUGCAGAGAAAGACACGAAUGUUAAAGCUGAGUGGGAAGAUUUCGAGGAGAUAGAUUCUGAAGCGGAAGCGGGAUCGAGGAACGAAGAUGAUGAUGAUGAUGAUGAAGAUCCAAAAUUACCCAUAAUACGAGAAUAUGAGAUGUACGUAAACUUGAAGAAAAAUAAGAAGGGGAGUCUGGGUUUCACCAUGGUGCGCAGUAAACUGGACAACUGCUACUACAUCCGCGGUGUGCUGGACAACCCCGCCAAGGCCGACGGCAGACUAAGAGCGGGAGACAGGCUCAUUACGGUAAAUGGCUUUGAUGUCACAAACAUUUCACACGAGAAUGCCAUUAUCCUGCUACGGGCCGCUCCAAUCAAGCUCACCCUGAUGGUGGGACGUGCUGCCCAGAACCUGCUUCCCGUUCUGUCUCUGGAAAAGAUCCCUGACAUCAUCCUGGAGAAAGGCCCGAAUGGACAAUUAGGUACGUGCCGCACUAUUUUCCCAGUAGAGUAUUGACUGGCACCUAGAGUUAUGUUGCGUCUCAUUGUUUCAAUCAGCUGCAGGCUAUUUCUCUGCACCGGGAACCCUCUGAAAUAUAUGCCGUUGCUUUCUUUCAAAAAUAGAUGGAGACAAAAACUUUGUGGAAAGUUUGGUGAGCUUCUAAUUAAUUUUAGGUACUAGAAAACACAGCAUUGAUAAGGUUUCGGUUGGUAGCCACAUGUAUUCCUAAGAGAGAUCUCUUCAUUGGAGUUUCAGGAACAACUUGUGCGUUGAGUUUUAUAACCGGUGGGUUACUAUUUAAUUUUUUCAACAUAGUAACGGUCACCUAGUGUUGAAAGCAAAACUCGGGUGAAGUCUUCAACGUAUAUUUUCACAAUCCACUAGAAAACAUGGCAACAGAAAUCAGAUAAAAGAAUCUGAAAACGUUCACAAAUGUUAACAUUCACAUCGUGGCUUAAUGACUUAACAUACAAGAACAGG